UUACAGUAGUAACUUUAAUACUUCACCAAAUAAAUUGUUUGUAAUAUUGACCACCCUCCAAAAUUCUUAUCUCUCUCUCUCUCUCUCUCUCUCUCUCUCUCUCUCUCUCUCUCUCUCACACACACACACACACACACACACACACACACACACACACACACACACACACACACACACACACACACACACACACAAUAAAUUUAUACUAGCACCAUUUGAGAACUGCCACACGACUUCCAAGUCUAAAAACUCGUCCGUGCAAUACCACAGGUAUGUAGUUCCAGAAAUGAAAAAGAUUGAUGUAUAUUGUAACAGCAAUUUUACUAACUCUGAAAUACAGAAAUAAAUAUGUUGCCUCUACAUUAAUCUCUUAAGGAAAUUCAGUUAAAACUGACAUACCGAAUGAGAGGCACUGCACAUUCAGUACCUGUUCUGAAACCACUACAGAGCUAUUUUGGAUGGUUGAAAUCAUUAAGAAUAAUGUUUAUAAUGUGAGGGUUUUUUCAUGAAACAUUUUCUACACCUAAUAAAACAAAAAUCACAAAAUUUGUAAUGUUAGUUUAAUAAAUGAAACCAAUCACUGCCCAUAGAUCCUGCAAUUUCAGUAAAAUACAUCCACAGCAAACUUCCUCCUGAUAAAAGCACACAAUUUGUGACAGCACAAUUUUAAUUGUGCUGUACAGUAACAAUAUUGAUAUCUGAGUUAAUAACCGUAAAUGGUAUCCAAACAUCUAAAACUAGAAUUGGACCUACUUGCUCAAUCAAUACACAAAUCUCUGUUCAUCAGUUCACAUAUUUACCAACUAAUACACAGCCAGUUAGUUCAGUCAUCAUAAAAACAAUGCCAUAAUAUUCACAGCUGGAAUUGGGCCUACUACAUGUAAAUUCCCACUACAACCACGUUUUAUUAUAUGAUUUAUGCUUUCAUUUACAAGCUACAAAACAUACCUCAGCAGAUUUCAGAAAAUGCGCUGCCCUUUAUACACAAUGAAGGUGUGCCACAUGAGAGUCCCGGCACAAAAUAAAACUGCACUCUACCCUUUUGAGCAAUGUAUGGCACAAUAACAAAUUCGAGUUUACACAAACUAUCACUAUCCUGUAAUAGUAUUUUCUCUGUCUCAAAGUUAUGAAAAUAAGUAUUUUAAAGACAGCAAUUUCGCAAAAAGUAAAGGAAUAUCAUUUGUAAGCUUGUAGAAUAACUUUUUUCUGAAGAUUUUCAAUUUCUACCACCAAAUUUAAGACAACAAAACAUACAAUCUGUUUCACUUCCAACCAAGUAUUUCUUUACAUGACUGUCAUUUAACUUUGACAGUCCAAUGAAAGCUACAACUGCAUGUUAAAUGUGUAACUCCUCACAUGCUAAUGGUGUAGAGUGUAAAAAAAAAAAAAGUGACUGAAAAUGGAAAACGGAUUGCACGCAUUUAUUGUGGUAUAAAAUUCAAAACAAAAAUGUAUAUUUACAAGUCUAAUAUUUAUUAAAUCUAAAGACAUUCAUCAAUUUAAAUUUCUUGCUGUGACUAAACAUAAGCAAUUAAACAGCUCCAGAAAUAAGUUAUAUCAACACAAGGUCAAGACAUUCUACAAAGUCUUUAAAACCAAAAGAUUGCUAAUUUUUCAACCACUGAAACUGCUCAGUGGCCAACAGGCACAUAUUGCUGGUAAAACAGAUUAAUCCACAUAAAUCUCUAGUCACAUACAAUACAAUUACACAGAUACUUUCAACGAAUAAAAUACAUCAGUACAGUUUCUUAAAAACAAACUGGAAAUGAAAGAUCUCCUGUAAGUUGUUUCUGUUAAUGUGUGUAUGCACCUUGCUUGCCUAGAAGCCAGAUAAGAGAGAUCAAGUAGGUAAGUAUUCACACUGGAACAUUCAUUCAUUCGUAGUUUGACCGGCACUUGUUACGAAGGAAAUAAUGUUUUAAUUCACAACGCCUGACAAAAAUUUUAUAUAAAGGUGUCUUACUUACCACUACUCUUGGUGUUACACCAAGUCAGACAUAAUUUAAAGCUGUCCAUGAGAAAAGGCUGCAUCAAUACCACAAAAACAGAAAUCACAAAUAAUACAUACUUUAUGCAGCAAAAUUAUCAAUAUCAUACUAAUGUCUGCUCUGAUAAAAUUUGGCAUAAACAAGGUAGACUUUACAUUUAAUAUGGACAUUAUUACACUGGUAGUACAUCAAGCCGCAUUCACUAAAUUGGUAUCUGGUGACAAACUGAAGCAAGGGCGAAAUGUCAGAGGACUUAAGCUGAAGGUACUCUCCAAUAUUUACAGCAACAGUAGCUAAAUGCACAUGAUCUGUAAGUGUGAAGUAUUUCGAAAGAUAAUAAACACAAAAAUGAGAGUACAUAAUGAAUAUAAAUGGACAGAUUCAUGGAAUAACAUCUGAAAUCAGCGCUCUUUCUGUUUUACUUUAUACUAUACUCUCACGCGUAAAUCAUGAUUAUAAUUAGCAACGUAUGGGUUUCAUAGGAAAUUUCACAUUUACAAAAGGUAUGACAAGUUUAGUGUAUUUUUCCUACCAGCGACAACCUAGCUUGGCAAAAAACCUUACUUAAAAUAUAACAUGGUGAUACAGAUUCAGUGAAAUAGUUUUCAUAAAAAAAAUAAACCCAUACAACGCUCUUAACCUUUCCUUGGAAUCGAUGCAUAUCAAUUGUCCAUUGCAUAUCUUCUUGUCCACUCUUUCGCGUUACGGAUGGCUUCGGCUUCAUUUACUUUCCACAGUUCAGCAACAUCGUUAGCCAACGGGUCAUCUGGAUUUGGAGCACUAAGAAGGGCUUGAAUAGACAAAAGCACCGUUCUAAUUUGAAGGGCCGGGCUCCACUUAUCUUUUAGAAUGUCCAAGCAAAUGCGGCCAAGUCUGUCAAUGUUAGGGUGGUAUAUUUUCGUAAUAAAUCGAACCUUUGGCGCAGACAUAGGAUAAUCCUCCGGUAGAAAAAGCUCCAACUUAAAUAAUCCUCCUUCGAACGGUGAAUCUUCAGGACCGGUGACAAUUACAUGAAAGUAUCGUGCGUUACUGUCGUCCGGCACAGCACUUAUUCCAGGAACAGGCUCUUGCAUCAAGCGUUGAGUUUCCUUGAUAAUUCUCCUAGGUAACGCUGUCAUGUUGACGUAAACUUCUUAAAAAUACAAGAGUUACGCCUUGUACUGCGUACAAGACAAAAUACUACCUAAUCACAACUUGCCACAGCUUCUUACAACCGUAGGAAUAAAAUUCCGAAUUCGCAACAGAGGUGAGUGUUUCUUUUUUGUCUUUGUAGCUCGUCCUGUCACAAAGAUAUCAUUUUAUGCUGUUCCGUUUUCGUAAGUCGAUUGGGUCCAAGUCAAUUUGGUAAACAAACCGAAAUUUUUUAUCAGAGGGAAAAAUUACUUAUUACGGAUACAGCCCAAGUCUGUAAUUUAUUUGAAAAUUAAUGACAAGCAUAGUGCUUCUCGAUUCUUCCGCUUCAAUAUCUUCGUGGUGAAGUUCAUUGCAUCUGUGUAGUUUAGUAUAUACUGUAUACAGAGGACGGCAGGUUCAGCCGAAGUAAAUAUUAAUAUGUCUGAUUGUGAAGUUGAUUUCAUGUGUGAAGAAGAGGAGGACUAUGGCUUGGAAUACUCCGAAGACAGCAACUCUGAGCCAGAUGUCGAUCUUGAGAAUCAGUACUACAAUUCGAAAGCAUUGAAAGAAGAUGAUCCAAAAGCAGCCCUUGCUUCGUUUCAGAAAGUACUUGAUCUUGAGGGCGGAGAAAAAGGAGAGUGGGGGUUUAAGGCCCUUAAACAGAUGAUUAAAAUAAACUUCAAAUUGGGAAACUACAAGGAAAUGAUGUCACGAUACAAACAACUUCUAACAUACAUAAAGAGUGCAGUCACUAGGAAUCACAGUGAGAAGUCAAUCAAUUCUAUUUUGGAUUAUAUUUCCACAUCCAAAAACAUGGAAUUGCUACAAGACUUCUAUGAGACAACUUUGGAUGCCCUGAAAGAUGCCAAGAAUGACAGGCUCUGGUUCAAGACAAACACAAAGCUGGGAAAACUCUACUUUGAUCGUUCAGACUUCAACAAACUUGCCAAAAUACUAAAGCAGCUGCAUCAAUCUUGUCAGACAGAUGAAGGUGAGGAUGACUUGAAGAAGGGUACACAGCUCUUGGAAAUUUAUGCACUGGAAAUUCAAAUGUACACUGCCCAGAAGAAUAACAAAAAACUAAAGACAUUGUAUGAACAGUCAUUGCACAUAAAAUCUGCCAUUCCCCAUCCACUGAUCAUGGGUGUCAUAAGAGAAUGUGGGGGUAAAAUGCAUCUGAGAGAAGGAGAGUUUGAGAAAGCACACACAGACUUCUUUGAAGCUUUCAAGAAUUAUGAUGAAUCGGGCAGUCCACGUCGUACUACAUGUCUAAAGUACUUAGUGCUAGCAAACAUGCUUAUGAAAUCUGGAAUUAAUCCUUUUGACUCCCAAGAGGCAAAGCCAUAUAAAAAUGACCCGGAAAUAUUAGCAAUGACCAAUUUAGUUUCUGCAUACCAAAAUAAUGAUAUCAAUGAAUUUGAGACCAUCCUCAAACAGAAUAGACGGAACAUAAUGGAUGAUCCAUUUAUCCGAGAGCACAUUGAAGAUCUGUUGCGGAAUAUAAGAACACAAGUACUUAUUAAGCUCAUCACACCAUACACACGAAUUCACAUCCCUUUUAUCUCUAAAGAGCUGAAUAUUGAUGCAAGUGAAGUUGAGAGCCUACUGGUGUCCUGCAUUCUGGACAGCACCAUCCGUGGUCGCAUAGACCAGGUAAACCAGGUUUUGGAGCUGGACAAGCAGUCACUCUGUGCUACGAGGUACUAUGCACUGGACAAGUGGACGUCGCAGCUUGCAACCCUACAUGUGGCAGUUGUCAACAAAAUGGCGUAGGAACUACACAGUUUCUCCUUCCCUCCAUCGAGAUGUUUCCUCUGUGUGAAACUUGCAUACGGAGCUGAAGUCUUCAUAUCUUCAGCAGUGUCAUUUCACAUAGUAAUGAUACUCUUCAUUUCAUCCGUUGUUUCUACAGCACUGCUACAGGGCAUUUACUUUCCUCCAGAAUGUGAAGAAAGAUUUUCUGUGAUUUUUAAAAUGUGAAAUACUAGUAAAAUGACAAUUGGUGUUAAGUGAAGCAACAUUAAAUUAUAAUAUGUACUCUCGCUGUGUGCAUCUGUUGCUGUGAGGGAUGACAGAAGCUAAAAACGUCAAUUUUGCAGCUGUCACAAACAAUGUGCUUUCUUCCAAAGGAGUAAAAGAAAAUUAUUUGUCCUUAACAUGUGUUGUUACAUUAUGAAUGACCUUUCAGUGUUUGAAGGACUCUUUGGUUAACUUUUAUCAGUUAAUGUUAUUUAUAUCCCUGUGUGCAAAAAUGCUGGUAUGUUUGAGUGUACUAAGCAUAGUUAACAGGAAUUUUGUUGAAUGUCUACAAAAUUAAAUGUGUUUGAAAAGUAA